AUGGUGCACGUCUCUUUUUAUCGCAAUUAUGGGAAAACUUUUAAGAAGCCAAGGCGUCCUUAUGAGAAGGAACGGUUGGAUGCUGAGCUGAAGCUCGUCGGAGAGUAUGGGCUCCGUGCCAAGAGGGAACUCUGGAGGGUUCAGUAUGCAUUGAGUCGCAUUCGUAAUGCUGCUAGAAUGCUUCUCACUCUUGAUGAGAAGAACCCACGCCGUAUUUUCGAGGGUGAGGCGCUUUUGAGGAGGAUGAAUAGGUAUGGGCUUUUGGAGGAGAGUCAGAACAAGCUCGAUUAUGUGUUAGCUCUCACCGUGGAAAACUUUCUUGAGCGCCGCCUGCAGACUCUUGUCUUCAAGGCCGGUAUGGCUAAGUCCAUCCACCAUGCCAGAGUGCUCAUCAAACAGAGGCACAUCAGGGUUGGGAGGCAGGUGGUCAACAUUCCAUCUUUCUUGGUGAGAGUGGACUCCCAAAAGCACAUUGAUUUCUCACUCACAAGCCCCUUUGGUGGGGGACGUCCUGGUAGAGUGAAGCGAAAGAACAUGAAGGCUGCUGCCAAGAAGGCUGCUGGUGGAGAUGGAGAUGAAGAAGAUGAAGAAUGA